AUUGAAAGUGAACAGGAACGGAAGUACACAUUUCUGUUGGCAGAAGUCCAGUGGCUUCCACGAGAUGAGAUGUGGUCUGAAGGAUGGUGUGACUACAAGCGACUUCCAGGAAAUCAAGCACAGGGAUGGUAUCACUACAAGCGACUUCCACGAAAACAAGCACCUCCUUGGCACCAUCCCAGUGAUGGCAACUGCCCUUAUGGCUCCCGAUGGUCAAGAGAUGAGUAUGCCACAAGCCGAAAGCCUGAAUACAGGGCCAUGAUUAACGAUUUUAGAAGAAGACUUUUCUAUUCUUCCCAUUAUUCAAGACAAGGAUCUCCCCAUAAAUGGGGCGCUCCUUUUUGGAGAGAAUCACGUGUGGGCGGGAAGGACUCCCUACACAGCAGAUUUGGCUCCAGUCUCAGCAGUAGAAGCAGGAUGCGCUCCUUCCAUCAGUCUCGACAUCGAUGUAAAGAGAGAGCCAUCCAGUUUUUGAAAACAUCAAGAGAUACUGUGCCUUCAGGUUCUUCAUCCAAGGUGUUAAAAAGCCCCAGCCGGCUGACUGAGAAGGAACAGGCUGAUGCUGCAAGCAAGUGGGCUAAUGAAAAUCCCAAGAAGUCAGAAGAAAAUCACUUGGCUGAAAUGUCCGAGUUUGAGACGGGAUCCCAGGCUCCGUUAUGUAUCAACCAGACAGAAGAACCCGAGUCCAACACAACAGCUGGCACAGAAUUGUGUGAAGACAGCCAGCUUAGCAGUCGCUCAAAAGUGAUUGCAUCAAAAAUCACGGAGAUUGAGAAGGUUUACCGACAAGUCUGUGAAACUUUCGGGAUGGUGGUGGAAAGGCUGGUUGAAAAGGAUCGUUCCUUAGAAAAAUCUAUACAGUUUGCAAUGAAGCAGACUUUGCAUGAAAUAGGUGAACAACAUGUUGAAGAACUCAAGCAUUUCAUUAUGGAGUAUGAUAAUUCUACUCCAGAUUUUGGAGGCCCUUUUUGA